AUGAAGAAACUGCUAUUUCAGGAAAAUGAAAUAUGCACACUCUGUCAGCAGAGAGUUUAUCCAAUGGAACGCCUGGUCGCUGACAAGCAAAAUUUUCAUAAAUCAUGCUUCCGAUGUCACCACUGUGGCAGUCAAUUAAGCUUGGGAAAUUAUGCAUCUCUCCAUGGACAAAUAUAUUGUAAACCCCAUUUUAAGCAACUUUUCAAAUCUAAAGGAAAUUAUGAUGAAGGUUUUGGACACAAGCAACAUAAAGAUUUGUGGAAGCCUAAAGAUCAAUGUAGCUCAGCUGGCAAAGUUCACACUGAAGAAAUAAAUCUGAUUAAUCAUACACCUGUUGAUCCUAAACCACUCAGAGAGACUGAUCAAGACUUGUACUCAGGUACUGAAGGCAUUCACCCUAAUAUUUUGGAUAAUAAUUUGAUAAAAUCCACAGAAAGAGGUAAAUUAAAAAUGACAUGGCCUCCUUCAACAGAUGAUACAGCACAUAAAAAAACAUACUCUAUUGAAGGAUCAGCAAAAGUAAAUAAACCAAAGUGGCCCCCAGAAGGUUUGGCUCAAGAAGGAUCUAGCUUACAUGCCAAUAAACCUCUGGACAAUGAAAAAAAUCUUCAGAAAGAAAAUGCUCCAACAGAGCAAAAGGAGAACGAGGCUGCCAGUACACAACAAAAUCAAAACUCAGCCUUUACCUCCCUAUCUGCAAAAGAAGCCACAAGUACCUAUAAAACUAAGGGCAAUAUGGGAAAAGGUGAGGAAAUUGAAAACAUAACAGGUGGAUCAGAGAUUAGGGAGGAAAGUGGAAAGAGUAUUAAUGAGAGUGAUAAUGUGAUAGGGCAUAGUGCUGAGAAAGAGAGAGAGAAAAAAAGUAACAAACCUGGUGAUCUCGAAGAUGUACAGGUUACUAAUAUUGAUGAUGAAGCAGUACAAAAGAAUCAUAAAGAGUUUAGUUUGAAUAGUAACAACAACAACAAUUAUGCCAUAUUUCCACAUCCAAACAUUUGUAGACAGGAAACAACUCUGACAGCUACAUCUAACCAAAUGACAGAAUUAAGUACUGCAAUUUGCAGUGCAUUGCAGCACGCCUUUGAAAAACUGGAAAAUCAGUGUGGAAAUGAACAAAUAUUUCAGAUACAUGAAUCUUUUGAGAGCUAUUCUAACAAUACAGUAACUGUUUCAUUAGAUGAACAGAGUUCAGAAGAUGCUGGCACCUCUAACAGUCUUGCUCAAUUUAAUAAAGAUGCCACUUGUCCAAAAUCUUGUACUAAAAGCGCAUUUAUUAUAAAGGAGACAACUAAUACAACUUUCCCUGUUGAUACUGAGUUGGUAUGCAUUGGAAAAGAAUCAAGGAGUGACAAAAAUUUAAAUACAAUUUUAUCUGACACUGUGAAAGCAUUAUUUCUUAAAGAAGACUACUUUAUUUUAAACUUUAGUCUAAUAGACUCUGUAGACAGAACCGGACAUUCCUCCAGACCAUAUUCAAAAGAACAUAAGACUUGUAAUAAAGAACUGAAUGGUAUUAAUGUCUGUCAAGAAGAUGAAAUAGGCGAAGCGUCCAGGAAUGACAGAAGCACACCUUUAGAGUUACCAAACUCAAGUUAUGCAACCUUUCCAUCGUCCCAAGGAGAGAAAGUCCAAAUAGCUCACAAUAGGAGAGCAAAUUAAAAUAAAUAUAUUCUGUGAUGAAUAUUAACAGAACAGCUAAAUGAUCAACUGUGUCUGUCACUCAUUAUUAAAUAUAUGGUAAAUUGAAAUUCUUCAGUUCAGUUAUAGUACUUCUUGAAUAAUUUAAUAUCUAGAGACAAUAUAUGAAAAUGUGCAUUAUGUAUUGUCUUUUGCUUAAACUUUAUUUACUUAGUUUACAUUUAAUGAAAAAGCAAAGAGGAUUUUUUCAGUCCCUGCUUAGAACAACUUGUAUCUCUAUGAUACAGGAAAUGUUGCAGGAAAUAUCCUACAAUAUGGCUGUCCUUCAGAAAGAGUAAAGUUCUGCUCUAAAUUGUUUGUAAGAAAUUAAGAGACAAAGCAACCGAUGUGUACAAAAUAAGAAAAAAUACAUCACUAACCACUUUUUGUACAUAUUGUUAUUAUUAAAACUGAGCUGUUGGUCCAUGACAUAGCAUGUACAUUCAUUGUAUCAGCUCAUACCGGAAGGGUAUUUUUUGUUCUGUUUUGGUUUUGUUUUCGGUUGUUUUUGUUUUUUUCUCAAUAUCAUGCAGUACAUAGUUUGAAAUGGACUAGUAAUUGUACUGUUUGCUAUACUCAUAGAGCUGCUAUGGCUUUAUAUUUGAUGACAGGAGAACAAAUGUGUGUAAAUUUUAAAUCAAAUAGGAUAAGAACUUCAGAGGCAGAACUGGAACAAGGUUUGGGAGCAUUAAGCAAUUAAGGUUAGUAAUUGUUCCAGUAACUAAUCCAAUGCCACUUUAACCACAGCAGCUCUCAAAUUCUAUAUUUAAAACUGUACGAAAGUAUGCAAAUUUAGCCCUUUUGCUUAAAAUGUUUAUGAAUUAGUGUUUGCUCUCCUAGUACUAUUCUAGCUUUCAUGAAACGUAAUGUAUCAUUUUACUGUUGACAAUGCUU